AUGCCUGAAGCUAGAGGCCCGUCCCGACAACCUACAGUUAUAGGGCCAAGACGGUCGCUCCUAAUAAGGACCAUUGUUACACUCUUGUUGGCACUCAUUGUUAUGACGGGUCUAACCAUCCUAGUCAUUUGGCUAAGUAUCAAACCCAAAAGGCCGGUCUAUUUCAUCAAAGGUGCCUCAAUCAACAACUACACCUUAACCAAGGACCACCACCUCUAUGCAUCUUACAAUCUUGUUCUUAUGUCCGUCAAUACCAACAAAAAGAUGCAUAUCCUAUACAAGAAGAUGGAUAUUAAGAUUUUGUUUGAGAACGUGAUGGUUGCAAGAGGUGUCAUUGAGCCGUGGCACCAACAUAAAAGGGAAAAGAAGAAGUUUACGUUAGAUCUUGUGUCACGUAACGUGGAGUUAUCCGGGGAGGUGUCACGCCAUUUGGAAUUGGCGAAAUUGUCAGAUCAAGUCGUGUUAGAUGUCGAGUUGAAGAGUAGAUUAAAAUCAAAAUUGGGAAUAUGGAAAUCAAGAUAUUACCACAUGAAAGUCUCAUGUGAACAUAUUGUAGCACAAUUUUCUGAUUCCUCAAAGGAAUCUCAUGGGAGUUGUAGCACAUCUUUCUAA